AUGGCGAGCCACCCUUUCGACCCAAUCGCACCCGCGGAGAUCCAAUUGGCAGUCUCCAUUCUUCAGUCUGCCUUCCCUGGAGUGAAGCUGCGCUACAAGCGUAUCGACCUCCAGGAACCCGCCAAGCAUGAGGUGAUCCCAUAUCUUGAGGCUGAACGCCUAGGAAAAGUCCGCCCGCACAAACCGGCGCGCUUGUUGAUGGCGCUCUUCCACCGUUUAGACAACGGGUCCUUCUUCAAGGCUCUAAUCAACGCCGACACCAAGACCGUCGUGUCUGCCAAAGAGCUUCCCAAAGAUGUCCAGGGACCAGUGGACGUCGACGAGAUGAUUGAGAUUGAGGAGCUCUGUCUCAGUCACCCAGCAGUGAAGGCUGAAAUUGAAAAACUGAAGCUUCCAGCUGGCCACACCGUCUGCUUGGAUCCGUGGAUCUACGGUACCGACGAUGUCAAAGAAACCCGGCGGCUCUUCCAGUGCUACAUGUAUAUUGUGGCCACGGACCAUCCCCAGAACAACCAGUAUUCGAUCCCGUGCAAGUUCUCCCCUGUCUUUGACGGUAUCACCCGCAAGCUUGUUCGCAUGGACUACUUGCCUGGUGGUGGAGAUGCCCAGACCACCGAGACGCAACCUUGGAAGCCAGUGCUUGCUGUGCAAUAUGCACAUGACUUGCUGGAUGAACCCUUGCGCACAGACCUGAAGCCCUACAUUGUCCAGCAACCGGAAGGGGCAUCUUUCAAUGUCAUUGGAAAUGCAGUCUCGUGGCAGAAGUGGCGCUUCAGAGUGGGUUUCAACAACCGGGAGGGCCUAGUUUUGCACAAUGUGACCUACGAUGGUCGCAACACUUUCUACCGUCUAUCCUUUUCUGAGAUGACAGUGCCUUAUGGCGACCCUCGUGCCCCGUACCAUCGCAAGCAAGCCUUCGAUGUCGGUGACGUCGGCUUCGGUAUCACGGCUAACCAGCUGACUCUCGGCUGCGACUGUCUCGGGCACAUCAAGUAUUUCGAUGGCUACCGCACAGACGCACAGGGAGCACCGAUUCAACUUAAGAAUGUUAUCUGCAUGCACGAGCAGGAUAAUGGCCUACAGCACAAGCACACCAACUACCGCAGUGGUGCGGCAACAGUCGUCCGCAACCGUCAGCUCGUAGUCCAGAUGAUUUGCACCGUCGCCAACUACGAAUACAUCUUCGCCUUCAUUCUCGACCAAGCAGCCAACAUUGAGCUUGAGGUGCGGGCAACCGGCAUCUUAUCGACAGUCCCCUUCGAGAACGAAAACGGCCAGACCGUGCCAUGGGGAACCAACGUCGGACCAGGCGUUAUGGCCCCAUACCACCAGCACUUGUUCUCUAUCCGUAUCGACCCAGCCUUAGACGGCUAUAAAAACACCGUCUACUACGAAGACAGUGUACCCAUGCCCGAGGAUGACAAGAACCCCUGGCUAGUCGGAUACACGACAGAGCAAAAUGUCAUGAAAUCGAGUGGCAGCGCCUUCACAAGCGUUGACCGCCACCGCGUGUUCAAAAUCCGCAACGACUCCAUCAUCAACCCCAUUACCCACCACCCAAUCGCAUACAAAUUGCAAACCUCGCCGAGCCAGAUGCUCCUAGCGCACCCGAACUCAUUCGGCGCAAAGCGCGCUCGUUUCGCAACCCGUCCUAUCUGGGUUACCAAGUACCAGGACGAUGAGCUCUUCGCCGCCGGUGAAUUCACAAACCAGAGCAAGCAGUCUGAUGGUGUAGAGGUUUGGGCUGGGCGUAAUGAUGUAGUCGAAAACGAAGAUGUUGUUCUCUGGCACACAUUCGGUCUGACGCACAACCCACGCAUUGAGGAUUUCCCAGUCAUGCCCAUGGAGAAAGUCAGCGUGAUGCUCAAGCCUGAUGGCUUCUUCACUAAGAACCCUGCCUUGGAUGUGCCGGCGUCUAGCCAGUCGUUCAACAAGUCGACCUUGCACCCCGAGCCUGCUUGCUGUGCUGCUCCCCAGGAGCGAGGACAGGUGAAGUUAUAG